UCGAGAGCGAACAGUGGAACGCAGUAAACAUGUCGGCAGUUGUUAUGUGCAGCUUUUCGCCGAAGUGUUCCUAAAUAAACUUAGUGUGUGAGUUCCAGUUGUUUUACAUGCUGAUGGGACUGUUUGCCGUUUAUCAUAUUGAAAUUACAGGCAAGAAAAUUUGCAGUUGUGUGCAAUGAGUAGUCACCACCACUUGGGGCCCAAUGCCCCAACUGGAGAGAUCGAACACAUGAACUUCUUAUCCGAGCAUAUCGGGGCCUUGUACCUGAAUGAUGAGUACAGCGACGUCGUCCUCUCUGUUGAUGGGCACAAGUUCCACGGGCAUAAGGUUAUUCUUGCAGCGAGAAGUGAUUACUUCAGAGCUAUGCUUUUUGGUGGACUUCGAGAAUCACAGCAAUCAGAAAUUGAGCUUAAGGGAACCUCAUUAAGUGCUUUUAAGAGCCUCCUCAAGUACAUCUACACUGGUCAUAUGUCCCUGGCAAACCAAAAGGAAGAUGUGGUGUUGGACAUUCUAGGCCUAGCCCACCAGUACGGUUUUGUGGACCUGGAGGCGAGUAUUUCAGACUACUUGAGGGAGGCCUUGCAGGUGCGGAAUGCCUGCAUUGUGUUUGAUGCUGCGCGGCUUUACGGUCUCACCCAUCUGCAAGCGGUAUGUGCCGCCUACAUGGAGAGGCAUGCUGCCGAGAUGCUCAGGCACCAGACUUUCUUGCAGCUGUCACCGGAAGCCCUCACAGAGCUGCUGUCACGCGACUCCUUCUAUGCCCCCGAGGUUGACAUCUUUCGUGCUGUGUGCCAGUGGGCUGCAGCCAACCCUGAGUGUUGUGAGCGGGCAUUGGGGGAAGUGGUGUCAACAGUGCGGCUGCCCCUCAUGUCCCUCUCAGAGCUGCUCGGCGUUGUCAGGCCUGCCGGCCUGGUCUCCGCAGAUGCGAUCCUCGACGCCAUCCAGGCUCGGACCCAGGCCCGGAACUCGGAUCUCCAUUACAGGGGCAUGCUGUUGCCAGAGGAGAACAUGGCCCACCCACGGCACGGCACACAGGUUCUGCAGGGAGAGAUGAGGGCUGCACUGCUGGACGGUGACUCCAACAACUACGACAUGGAGCGCGGGUACACACGCCACGCCAUCUCAGAGUCUGCCAGUGACCACGGCAUUGUCAUAAAGCUGGGCACCCAGGCCCUCCUCAACAGCAUUCGCAUGCUUCUUUGGGACCGUGACCUCAGGUCCUACUCGUACUACAUUGAAGUAUCCAUGGAUCAGCUGGACUGGGUCCGUGUAAUUGACCACACCCGCUACUACUGCCGCUCCUGGCAAUGGCUGUACUUCGAGCCGCGAGUGGUGCGAUACAUCAGGGUCGUGGGAACCAACAAUACCGUCAACAAGGUGUUCCACGUAGUGAGCUUUGAGGCAAUGUAUACCGCAUCCAUGCCACCACUUCUGGAUGGACUUGUUGCUCCAAAAGAGAAUGUGGCAACCAUAGAAAAGAGCGCAUCGGUAAUCGAAGGUGUGAGUCGGAGUCGCAAUGCCCUCCUGAACGGGGACACGAGGACAUAUGACUGGGACUCAGGCUACACCUGUCACCAGCUGGGCAGCGGUGCCAUAGUUGUCCAACUCGGUCAGCCCUACAUGAUUUCGUCUAUGAGGUUGUUGCUGUGGGACUGUGACAGCCGCAGCUACAGCUACUACGUGGAGGUGUCGGUGAACACUUGGGACUGGGAGGUGGUUGCCGACAAGACGAGAGAGGCAUGCAGGUCCUGGCAAACCCUUACCUUCAAGCCCCGGCCCGUCGUCUUCAUCCGCAUUGUUGGGACACACAACACUGCUAAUGAGGUAUUCCACUGUGUGCACCUGGAGUGCCCUGCGCAGAUUUCUGAAGACUCGCCUCCUCCCUCCACUGGCAACAGCUUGGGCCACAGCCCACCAUCCGCACCGAAGGUCCUGCCCACUCCACCGACUCCUGCUAGUGGCAGCACCAGUGGUGGCAACAGCAGUAAACUCCAGGCGCAGAGGCAGCAGGAUGACGACGACGAUCGGCAAGAGGAGCAGCGGCAGCAGCAGUGGGAGGACCGUGAGCAGCAGCAGCGCCAGCAGCAGCAACAGCAGCAGGAACUGGAAAAGGACCUGCAGCGCCUGCACGACAACCCCAGCCACCAGUGUCAGCAGAGAGGUUCGCGUGAGGAGCACGUUCGUCGCCGUCUCUGCUACCUGGCAGUGGGACCCGGUCCUUCUGCUGCACCUGCCUCGGAGAGCUUCCCUGCUGCCAGUCCGCCCCCACCCCCAUCGCUGUCACCAGCCGCGUCGUCCUCUCUGCCAGAUGUUGCUGAUGGCACGAGGGCUGAAGGGGAAGGAGAGGAAGUUGAAGAGGCGCGGCUGCCCCUAGAAGGUGGUGGAUCGCCGUGAUCUCCCCCUCCACCUUCCUGCUGCAGCUACUGUGGUGCCCUUGUGUUCCUGUGGGCGCCCUCGUAGCCCACCGGCGGGGAGUUCAUCCGAGUCAUUAUCCUGCGUGUUUGUGAUGUCACAUCACCUAACUGCUGCACAAAUAGUGUUUUGCCUGAGUUAUGUUUGUGUCAUGCUGUUGUGUGUACUUUCUGUUGCCUUUUGAUAAUUGUUUUCAUUCCACAAUCCUUUUUUUUGCUCUGCUACUUGGAAAAGAUUGUUGACAUGUUAAAGAUGUUAUUUUGCAAGUACACCUUACUGAACAUAUAUUUCACAUUGUACUUAAUCAUCCAAGCAUAUGCAUAUGGUCUCUCUCUCUCUCUCUCUCUCUAGUAAAGUUGAGGAAAGACUGCAUUUUACUGGUGCCUCAGAUACACCUCUUGUAUUUAUUACUUCCUGUAAAAUUUUGAGACAGAAAUGCUGUCCUGUUAUGCACAUUCAGGGGGUGAAAAACCAGUACUGCUAACAGGCACAUGUAAAAAUAUGCAACACUAACCCAGUUUUCAGAACUAAUAGUUGAUUCCUUUGUGAGGAGAGAGCGUAGUUCAAGGAAUGCUAAAAAGGAAGGGCAGAUAUCUCAGACUCCAAAAUGACAGGGGUGCACUUGUGUUGAGGACAUCUCCUGUAUUUCCUGUUUUGCUUUUCAUCUUCAUUCUCUCUCUCCUCUUUCUCUUUUCUUACACACACACACACACACACACACACACACACACACACACACACACACACACACACACACACCGAAAUAUAUGUCACAAAUCGAAACAUACUGUGUUCCAAUUUAUCAAAAGAUGUUUUAAUGUUAGUGACUGGAAUGUAAUGAGAAACUGCACUUGUACAUCCUGCAGUGCUCAAUGGUUAAGACACUGAACUUUCAUUCAGGGCACUAGUAGUUCAACUUCGGACUUUGAGGUUUCACUAAAGCAAAUGGCUACUUCGAUAAAAAGUCAGGCCUCAAGAAGACAGUUAAGUGAAGAAAAUUUAAGAGGAGCAAUGAGAAGAGCUUGUCAAUCAUAGUGUUAGGUAAACAAGUAAAAAGUAAAUUGCCAAAAUAAAAAUGAGACUGCAAUAAAGAAAAAGUGGGUAGAUUGAUUUCAUCUGGUCACAGGUAGUGAUGCCUUUGUGCAAUAAUUACGGUACAUUGAAGAGAGAGUGUGUGGGAUUGUCUUAGUACUGUUCAGUAAUUGUGACUGUCUUGAGAAGAAACAGAGAAAAGGCAAUCAUAGAAAUGAUUGAAUCUUGUGUACCUGGGAUUUAUGAGCUGAGUAAUGAGCAAACGUGAGAAACAAAACAGAGACCAAAAUCAUUAUUAUUUUUCCUUUCUUUUUCUUCUUUCAACUCUCCAUCUAAAUGUGUAUGGAAAUUUUCUAUUUCAUUGUCUGCUUUGCGUUUGCUUCUAUUUUAUCCUUCUAAGCCAGUAUCUGUGGCUGUCUUCACUGUACACACAAACAGCAUCAGCAAAUGGCUGCUAUUGAUAGAAAGUGCCCAUUUCAUACCCUUCUUUUGAUACCAGCUAUGGAGUGCAUUUGAUGAAGUUACGUAUGCAUAUUUAUUUAUAUUGCUAAUAUUUUAUUCAUUAACAUAUAAAUUGCAACCCACUUUUACCAGAAUAAUGAAAUACAGAGCUAACUUUUAAAUUGUUGAUAAUGAAGAUGAUAGAAAAUGUUACCUUCUCUUCAGAAAAGCUGUGUUGAGCCCUGUGACUUGACAUUUCUGGCUUUUCCAUGAUGUGUAGCCAAAAACACAGAGAAACAAAUGGAGAAUGCUUUGAUGGGGAGUUUCUAUUAAGGUUGGCCAUUGAUAGAUCACCUUGUUUGUUGCCAGUUUUUCCUCCUGCUUUGUUGUAACUUUCCAUCAUUGAUCUCUUGCAAAAUAAAUAUGAACCUUAGCUAUUGAUAGUUUUGUCUUGUGAUAUGUGGAUAAAGCAGCCUCUGUGACUUUAAUAUUUAGUUGGGGUUUUUGUCCAUUAGAUGAAGAUUGUGUCUACUGAGUGUGUUUGUACCAUUGGAGUGGAAAUUUUCCCACAUUCGUGGGUUUCCAUUUUGUUUAGAUUUUUACAUGACCGUUGGUUGUUCAUAUAUAUAUAUAAAUUUUGGAGAAGUUGUUGUUUAUUUAGAUUUUAAUUGCUUGUGAAUAGUUUUAACUUACUGCCAUUAGGGGGUUUCAUUGUUGGAAACAAGUACAAGUUUUAUAUUGUAUACCACCCGAGCAUGAAGAAGAUAUUUAAGCAAGUAUUGGAGAUUAUAAUUUAUUAAGAUACAAGGAUAUAUAAUUUUUGAGAAAAUAUAAAUUCAGUGCUCACAUAUAUAUACAUAUUGAAAAUAAGUAAAUGUAUAAAUUGGUAUUUAAAUUUUAAAAAGACGGUAAAUAAAAACUUGAUAAGAUAUAUUGAAUAAUUCGCAUUAAAAGAUAAAAAAAAAAACAUUAGAUGUCACUUCUUUGUUUAUAAAUUGAUAGUGCUCCAUAAAAUAUGGUGCUUUUGGCUAUAAUAUAAAGUUACCACAAUGAAUAAGUUUAUUAAUUGACUAUGUACGUAAUACGAAAAAAAUAAAUUUUAAUGUUGUUACAUACAAAGAUAUAAGUAAAGUGCAUACACUGCUCAAUAUUAGCUGUGCAGAUAUGCUAUUUGGUAGCUUUCUUGCCUGUGUAUUUGUAUGGUCGAACACAACAUGGAAAAAAAAAAACAGUUUUCGUGUUUGUUGCAAUGUAGUGUAAUGUACUGUUCAUGAAUAGUCUGAGAGCCUCUCUUUUAAGAGCCUCAAGGUAAUUUAGUGUGGGAGUUGAAAUGUUGAGAUUCAUUGUAUAGAUCUUCUUAACUUUCUUGGUUGUCCUUUAUUUGCAAACAGUGUGGCAGAAUUUAAGUAUGAAGAACUUCCUUGUGUAACUUCACAAUGAAAUCAUAUUUAUUAUAUUGAGAAUCAUUUCCUCAUGUUUCCUUGUGCCUGUGGUCCGUCUGACCGUUGUGAAUCGUCAGUGAAUGCUUUGAGGUUUGUCUCCAUCCACUCACAGUUUGUGAAUACAUACUUAUUAAUAUACCUGUGAAAUGACUAGGAGAAUUGUCGGUAAUUGAUUAAAGUGUGAUUCAUCUAGGAUAUGAAAUACACAGAAUUAAAAGAUUCUAGAAAGUUAAUGUAUGUUUUAUGUCACUGGGUGAUUUCUUCAAACUACAGGCAAUCAGUACCAUCCCAAAAAAACUUCCAGAGAUGUUAACCUUGUUAUUGAGGGAACACUUGGAAAAUGGCAAUGUCUUUCCUGCAGAUGAUGUGAUACGGGUAUAACUACAAAUAAAUUUUUUGGAAUAAAAUUUUUCUGUCUGUUGUAAGCCUAAUACAAUUACAUAGAAACCACAUCUUGAUGUGUUAGUGAGAGCAAUAUUCCAGUAGUCUGGUGUUUGCUGUGGAGUUGUUUGCAAAGUUAUGCACUGUACAAAAAUGAUUUUGUAAGUAUACAACUUAAAAUGGUUGUUGAUUGCAAUUGGAUCAAUUUUACUUGCAGUUAAGUCAGUGUGUUUAGUGUGUAAGUUUAAUGGAUUAUAUUUAGUGUUGAGCAUGUGUAACCUCAGAUACUUUCUGGCUUGUGGUGUAGUCAAUAAAAUGUGGUCAUGUUCCUUUGAGAGGUAGUUGAGGGAUUAUUUGGUGAUAGGCUGUGACGGUUAAUGAAGGAUGUUUGAAGGUACUGACUUUCGUAGAGAAUAGAGGGUAUAUCCUUCGUUGUUUCAUUUAUGAGUUCUGGUGUUUAUAGAAUUUUUUUUCUUUCUUCCUAAAUAUGCAGCAACUGAAGAAUGGAGUAGUUUCUGGAUUUUAAUAAUGUAUACUAGCAGAAUGUAAUUUUGUCUGCAGGAAUACUGUAACUUUAGGCUCUAUGACUUUUGAAAGAAGUCAAAGUGUAUAUUCAGUGUCUUACUGAAAACUGCUCAGAAGCUUUUAGACAAAACAGUUUUUUACAUUCAGUCAAAUUUUCCAUAGACAGUUCAUAAUGCGAAGUAUCCUAUGUGUUGAUUUAUAAAGAAAAUUUGAAUUGUACCUAUUUACUUUUCUCUGUAAGUAGAGAAUUGUAAAGUGCAGGAGAUGAAAAUUUGUAUGUUGCGUGAUGUUCAGUGAGGUAUGUACAUGCCUCUAUGCACACGGCAGACAUAACCUAGGGAGCAAUUUGGCUACUUAUGGUAAAAGUACAAUGAACUCUUUUGGGCAUUAAAAAGUGCCACAAUGUUCCUGCCUCUAAUUAGAUCAUCUUCACCUCAUAAUAUCGAUCUUAAAGUCAGCUUAGCCUUGUAGGACAGUUGUGCUAUAAUAAUUAGACAGUCUUGGAAUAAGCAUUUGCAGAGUAAUUGCUUUUCAAAAUUGACAUUAUAUGUUGUGUCAAAUUCAUUUCUGUUGUAGGUGCAGUAGGAGGUAGUAUCUUAGUUCAUAGCAGAAUGGAUCACUAGGGCUCUGCAGAAUCUUCUAUAAUGCUCUAACACAAGAUUUAACUAGAUUUUUUGAAAGUUUCUCAGAACAAUUUGUAGUGUACUUGGAUGCAUAUAUUAAAAUGGUCAUUCAUGGUGAAAUGUCUGGAUUAGUAUUGUGAAACCACCUAGCUUACCUAAAUAUCAUGAAAAUAGACUUGUUUCAUGUGUGUGAAAACGUGUAAUUGUGAAGUUCUACAUUGUAAUCCAGAAAACUGUUUUGCUAAGCACUGUGCUGAGGAAAAACUUCCAGUUAAGUAUUGUGCACUAUCAUAUAAAGAUUUCUCUUUGGCACAUUUUUCUUGUCUUUGUAUUUUGUUCAUUUCCCUUCAAUACAAAUAACGAAGCACCGUGGAGUGGGCAAUAUGCACUCGUUAAUAAGAUUACUUCAGUUUAUCAAUGGAAAUCUCCAUCUUGACUAACUUUUUACAAAAUUAACGUGCAUGAUGAUAUUUCUAGUCUCCUUUUUCUUGAUUUCCUAUGGUCACCAAUAAUGGUUAUCUGUCCACACAAAAAAAGGUAGUUUCCAGACUAUUUUGGUAGUUAACUAUUGACGGAUAUUCCAGUUCCACUGGUGUUCCCAGUAUCAAAUGCUUUAAUGGAAGUCCAUGAAGUCAUCACUGGAUUUCUGGGUUUGAUUAGCAAAUGACCAAAAAUAUACUUUUGGGGUUCAGUUAUUUUCCUGAUCACCAUAUCGGAACUGAAACCAGACACUACUACAUUCACAACUGUAUCCAGGACUUGUACUCGUGUGAUGGAACAAAAGUGUUAACACCCAGUUACACGAGUCUUGUUUCAGUGAAUUUCAAGGGUAAUUUAUUGCAAAAAGUUCAUAAAAUUCUUAGUUUUGCUGACUACUGUUGCUACUAUCUUGUCUAGACUUAGAACAGAAAUACAGUAGACAUUUUGAUGGCAUUCUUUAUAAUCAUAGAACAUUCUAUUGAUGUAAGCCAUACAAUUAUAUAAUAAAAAUUUAAUCAAAAUAGCAGUUUGGUUAAUAUAAUCUGCAAUAACAAUUUCACUUUUUUUGCAAUGCGCUAUUUUGGUUUCAUGUAACAUAUAUAUUACAGCUUUAAUAUUGUAAAUAAU